AUAUGGAAGUCAAACAGAUAUUACAAAAGAUCAAAAGAAACCUUUAAUCAGAGUAGCAAUACAACGUCAUGUUAUCGAACAAAUUAUCGAUUCACGGAUAUGCUUAUGCUCAUAAAUCCAAUCCAAAAGAAAUUACUGUAGAAAAUAAAUGGGGAGGUUCUUUAGGUUUUAAAACUCCAACAAUUAUAAAAUAUGAGGACGAAUCAUACUCUACUAUAAAGUCUUGGGGAUUUGAUGCCUUACCUGAAAAACCAUCGAAAAGAAGGAAGAAUGUUGAUAAAUCUAGGCCUGUAGAAUUAUUUAAAUUAUUUUUAUUAAAUGAAAAACCUACUUUUCCAGAUACAUUGGAUUAUAGAAAGGUUAUUUCGGAUUAUUUGAGAAAAUUAGGUGAAAUGAUUAAAGAAAAAGUAGAUAUUCAUUGGCAUGAUUUGGAUUUUUAUAAUAAAGUAUUAAUUGUUCUUAUGAUACCAGCAGGAUAUGAUGAUCAUGCAAUUGCAAUAAUGCGUGGUUGUGCUUUUAGUGCGGGAUUAACGAGAGAAAAGAACAGUAGAAAUCUAAUAUUUAUAACGGAACCUGAAGCCGCUGCCAUAUCUUGUUUGAAUCCUUUGGAAAAGUUACAUAAUUUGAAACCCGGAGAUUCAUUCAUGAUUGUAGAUUGUGGUGGCGGUACAGUGGAUUUAUCAUGUCAUGAAUUAUUGGCAAAUAAUAAGAUACGUGAAAUAACAAGACCUACAGGUGGAAGUUAUGGAUCAAGCUUUGUAGAUAAAGAAUUUGUAGGGUUUCUCCGUCGUAAAUUAGGAAGUUCUACUAUUGAAUUAUUAGAAAAAGAGCAUUACAACGUAUUGCAAUAUAUGGUCCAAAAAUUUUGUAGACGCGUAAAAAUUCCUUUUACGGGGGAGAGAUCAAAUUUUCAACCUUAUGAAAUAGACUUGGAUGAUUAUUCUUGGUUAAAAGAUAUUAUCAAAGGGGGAAAAGAAAAACGGCUAUUAGAAGAAGCUGAUUGGUCAAUAUAUGUUGAAUAUGAUGAUGUUAAAGGAAUGUUCGAUCACUGUAUAACAAAAAUUAUACAUUUAAUAAGAGAACAAUUAGCUCAAUUACAAAAUAAAAGAUGUUCAGCCAUUAUGUUGGUUGGUGGAUUUAGCGAAUCUGAAUAUUUACAAGCUAGAAUUAAGAAGGAGUUUAAUAAAAUUGUACUAAAUAUUUCUGUGCCAACGCAACCUAUGAUUGCAGUUGUAAAAGGUGGUGUUCAAUUUGGUCUCCGAGCAGAAACGAUGGUAAAUCGUGGAAAACCGUCCGAUAUUCGUGUAAUAGGAUUCACUUGUUGUCAUAUUUCGGACAGCAAAAUUUUUAUAAACACAAAAUGGCCGCCAAGAGAAGUAUACCCGAAAAUAAAUACGAUACUUCAAUAUGAUCGCAAUUUUGUAAAUAUCGUUAAUAUUGAACAAUGGGGAUAUCCCGAACAAGAUGAAACGAGACCAGUAGAAUUAUUUAAAUUACAUUUGGGCAACUUACAAGAAAACCUUAAACCUAGGCUUCCAGUUGCAUAUAAGAAGGCGAUUACCGAUUAUCUUUAUAAGCUUGGAAAGCUAAUUAAAGAAGCAGUUAAGAAAAACUGGGUCGGAAUUAACUUCACAGAGAAUGUUCUUUUGGUUCUUACCGUUCCUGCGGAAUACUCAGAAAAAGAAAAGGCUAUUAUGAGAGAGUGCGCACAUAACGCGGGGCUCAUUAACGAAGGCGACUCACUACAGCUACAAUUUACCACAGAACCUGAAGCUGCGGCAAUUUAUUGUAUGGAUAAACUGCGGGAAUAUGAUCUGUUAACUAUAGGAACGACUUUUAUGAUCGUUGACUGUGGCGGUGGCACUGUAGACUUAACUACCCGCAAGUUGAUCGAUAAUAAACGAUUGGGUGAAAUCACUGAACGUAUCGGGGAUUUCUGUGGAAGCACAUUUAUUGAUAAUGAAUUCGGUAAUUUUUUACGUGAAAGGCUGGGAACUCGCGCUAUAAACCUAUUAAUAGAAAAUCGUUACAGUCAAUUUCAACGUUUGGUCCGAAAAUUCUGUCGACGCGUAAAAUUACCUUUUACGGGGAAUAAUACUAGAUUUUCUUAUGAACUUGAAAUCGAUGAAUAUGCUCCAGAUUUAUUGGAAUAUGUCAGUAAUGAAACUAGAAAAAUCAUGGAAGAUAAUGAUUGGGUUAUUGAUAUUAAAUAUGAUGAUAUUAAAAAAAUGUUUGAUCCUAUUAUUGAAAGAAUCAUUCGUAUGAUACAUGUGCAACUUUUAAAUAGUCGAAAUAAUGGAGAAACUUGCUCAGCAAUUUUUUUAGUUGGGGGGUUUAGUGAAAACAUAUAUUUACAAAAAAGAAUUAAACAAGAAUUUCAACAUAUAGUGAAAACUAUUUCGGUUCCUACUAAUCCUGUAUCAGCAGUUGUUUACGGUGCAGCUAUGUAUGGAUUGAGUUUGAAAAACCCCUCCAAAGCAGAUGCAACCAUGAUUCAUACACGUGUUUUGAAAUUUACUUAUGGGAUAAGAGUAUUAGGUAUAUGGAAAGAAGGUGAACAUCCGCCUCAUCGUAAAAUAUACGGCAAUAGAAUUUAUCUUUUCGACACCUUUGUAAAAAGAGGUACACAAGUAGAAGUUGGCAAAGAAUCUUCUCCAAAACGCGGUUAUACGCCCCUUAACCCAUCUCAAACAGGCUUAAGAUUUGAAUUAUAUAAAACUCUCGAAUAUAGUGCAAAGUAUCAUGAUGAACCCGGGAUGGAAUUAGUAGGAACACUACGAAUUGAUCUUCCUGAUAUUCACUUAGCCCGUAAAAGGCCCGUUGCCUUUGGAUUUUAUUUUGGUGAUAUGGAAAUUACUGCAUUUGCUAAGAAUGAGCUUAAUGGACAAAAUUUUCAAACUAAAUUUUAUUUACACAAAGAUCUUUAACAAAAUUCAUGUAAUUUGUUUUAAAAUCAAUACAAUAAAUAUCAAACUAUAAUUAAAAAUAAAUAAAUAAAUAAUUAGUUUUUUGUAUUUUCAGAAUUCUGAGGCAUGUUUUGUUUAGUUUUAUGAAAGAUUCUAGCAGGCGUAUAAAUUUGACGCUUUGACUUAUCGUCGAAUUUUUGUGCUAUUAAAGGAAAGUAACAAAUAUCUACAACUAUAUUUUCAAUUUCAUCAUCUUCCCAUGUUCCUUCCAUAUAACUAUGAUUUAUAUUAUCAUUAUAAUCAAACCAAAUAUAUUCAGCGAUUGGCUCUUGAACUUCAAGUCGAAACCAAAAUAAAGUGAUAACU